CGGGGAGCGUGUGGGCCCGGCCGGCGCUGGGGGGAGAGCAGCGCGAGAGCCGAGCCCGCUGUUCACCUGCAGCCACGCAGCUCACCUGCUGCGGAGCGCACCCCGCGCCCUCCCCGCGCACUCCGCAGAGGGGCCGCCGCCCUCGCCGCCGCAGGCACCAGCGCUGACAUGCGACAGGAGUAGCCCUGGCUCUUUGGAAGCAGCGGAGGAGCCCCCUCGGCCCGGGCACGCCAAGAGGACAGGGGUUAAAAUGAAUGAAGACCUGAAGGUCAAUUUAAGCGGGCUGCCUCGGGAGUAUUUAGACGCCGCUGCUGCAGAGAACAUCUCAGCUGCUGUCUCCUCCCAGGCUCCUGUUGCUGAGCCGGAGCCGGAGCUCAUAGUCAACCCUUGGGACAUUGUCCUGUGCACCUCAGGAACCCUCAUCUCCUGUGAAAAUGCUGUUGUGGUCCUUAUCAUCUUCCACAACCCCAACCUUCGAGCACCCAUGUUCCUGCUAAUAGGCAGCCUGGCUCUUGCAGACCUGCUGGCCGGCAUCGGACUCAUCAUCAAUUUUGUUUUUGCCUACCUGCUUCAGUCAGAAGCCACCAAGCUGAUCACCAUCGGACUUAUUGUCGCCUCCUUCUCUGCCUCUGUCUGCAGCUUGCUGGCUAUCACUGUGGACCGCUACCUCUCCCUCUAUUACGCUCUGACUUACCAUUCUGAGAGGACGGUCACCUUUACCUAUGUCAUGCUGGUCAUGCUCUGGGGAGCCUCCAUCUGCCUGGGGCUGCUGCCAGUCCUGGGCUGGAACUGCCUUCGGGACGAGUCCACGUGCAGUGUUGUCAGACCUCUGACGAAGAACAACGCUGCCAUCCUGUCCGUCUCUUUCCUCUUCAUGUUUGCGCUAAUGCUUCAGCUCUACAUUCAGAUCUGUAAGAUUGUGACGAGGCACGCCCAUCAGAUAGCCCUGCAGCACCACUUCCUGGCCACAUCACACUAUGUGACCACCCGGAAAGGGGUCUCAACCCUGGCUCUCAUCAUGGGAACCUUUGCUGCUUGCUGGAUGCCUUUUACUCUCUAUUCCUUGAUAGCAGAUUACACCUACCCCUCCAUCUACACCUAUGCCACCCUCCUGCCUGCCACCUACAACUCCAUCAUCAACCCUGUCAUAUAUGCUUUCAGAAACCAAGAGAUCCAGAAAGCUCUAUGCCUCAUUUGCUGUGGCUGCAUCCCGCCCAGCCUGUCCCAGAGAGCUCGGUCGCCCAGUGAUGUGUAGCAACCUUCCACCUAAGAAGACACUGCCUGUGACAAGCACUUCCACUGCCACCAAACAGUUGACCUGCUUACUUUCAACUCUUUGCAAUGGAUUCCCUCUCAAGUCAGGGGAGGACUUAGCAUUGGUGAAAUAAUGACAUCGUGUAGACGAGUUAAGUGAUUAAAGUGAAAAUGUUACCAGUGUUGUCACCCUUUAAAAACAAUUGUUGGCCUCUGUUCAUUAUUUUGUUUUGGUGGGGUGUGGUUUUAUAUUUUAUUUGGGGGGUAGUGGAAAGGAAGAAAUGUGACCUAGCCAUGAUGUUAUAAAGUUUUAAGUAAACAAGUUCCAGAGUUUUUACCUGGACUUUGAAAUAAAUCUGAAUUUUUAAGGAAAAUGGAGAAGGAAUUACUGUUUUCAGUCUUUUUUUAAAAAAAUCAAGGUAGAUUUUCAAUGCUGCAUAGAUCUAACAGAAUAUGAGCUCUUUCAAGCCAACAAAAAAUAGUUUACAUAAUUAUCUGUGAAAGGGACCUGUUUUAUUAACAUGAAUUCAGUAAUAAAUUACCAACACUAGAACCAUUCUAAUUUAUUCUUUUUGCUUUCAGCAAUUACUGUUCAUAAGAGCAAAGAAAGAAAGAAAGAAAGAAAGAAUUAUCUUCCCAUUUCUAAAAAUGUUGCAACUCCUUCUGCACGGUUGCCAAUGUUAGCUAGACCACUAGUUUCAAAUUUUGCCAUGUAAAUCCAGAAUUAAAGCAGUCAUUUGUCACUAUAGUUUUCCAAAUAAAUCAUGAAGUAGGUUUUGAUUUACAUAUGAAGAAGGAUUGAUUAGAUCCACUAUUGUAGUUUCUUAAGCUACAAUCUGAUUAUUUUAGUGCAACAAAAGAAAAUAAAAAUAUCUAUUGAAAGUAAUGUGACACUAUCAGGGAAAUAUCACAUUUCCUAUCUUUGUCUAAGAAUAUACUAGCAGUUAUUCUUAGAUAGAAUUAAAUAUUAAAAACAAAAUUUUCUGGUUCAUAUCAUCUCUAGUGUAGAAUGCAUUUGAAACAGGUGAUCUCUUGUCUUAAUAAUUAAGUUUGUGAGUGUACAACAUGCAUACCUGACUGUGGUAUUUAUCAGCUAUAUCUUACAAGAUCACAAGCAGAAUAACCAUGUGGCUAUUCAUGAAAAGUUAUGUUUGAACUCCUUUUCACCAAAAAAAAAACAACCUCCCUUAAAUGCAAUAAAAACUGUAUUGCCUGCUUACAGAAGCAAAGAUUUAGUUGGAAAUUACACAGAAUUGACUUUAAACACACUGUAAAAUCACCAUGUCCAAGAGUCAUUUCUGUUAGUGCAGACAGAUAUAGACACAGAUACUAUCCCUCCAUCUGCAGUGAAUUUAUAGCUGUGUCUCUACAACCAGUGGAAGAAUUUCUGGACAGCACAUCAACUUCAGAUGGCAGCAAAACCAGGGUCUCAGGGUCCUUAGGGGGAAUUGUUGGUAAUAAGUUAACCUCACUGGUUUGUUCUAGAUAUCAUGCCCACCGAGGUCGCAGGGCCAUUCGGGUAGCCUGCAUACUGGUGCCAUCUCUCCAAAGCCUCUUCUAAUGUGGCACUAAUGUGACUAAAUCCUCUACUUGAAUCUGUCUCUUCCCUGAGGUCACUUACAGAAGCAGGAAAGGGACUGAAAUAUUUAAGAAGUGGGAAAGGAUUUUCAAUGCAUAUCACUGUAUGAUAAGCUUAUUCAAGUUGUUGCCUUGCCUUUAAAACAUUUUUUAACAUUGGAUGGACUUGGCAGAUUGAAUAUGAGUCUAUUUUUAAUUGCUUAAAAUUUAAUAGCACCUCUCCAUAGGAGGAUUGACAAAGGUAAGAGAAAUAUCUUUAAUGAGGAUUUUAAGCAAUAAAUGAUGUUUUUAUAGAAAUGAUGGUUCCCCUUUUCGUAUCUCAAUAGUAAUCAUUAUAACAAUUCAUAUGGUUUUUAGCAACACAUGUGCUAAUCUUUUGCUGUAGUCACAAAAUAGCACUUUUUCAGAUGAGAAAACCAAGAUUAGGAGGAGAGGCUAAGAAAGGCCCUGAGACCACAAAGCCACAGGACAAAGCCAGAUUUUGCAGCCAGGUUUUCUGAAGUUUAAGUCGUGUUUUCUGCCUGCAUAAUGCUGUCUUUCAUCCUUUACUGGAUAAGAGAGCAGAGGAAAAACUGCUUUUUAACAUGUAACUGUCACAAAAUCCAGGUUCUAUAAUGAAGACAUAAAACUUCCUGUUUAAAAUUACAUGUGGAAUGAUGAUGUGGCUGUACAUGAAGGAGGUUCAUUUGUAUCUUGCUCAGUACAUAACUAAUUCAGUGGUUGCUUUUGAGUUCAGCUUAGAGAUUUUUUCAGUUCAACUGUAACAUGACCUUACUAUUUAAAUUGUGAAGAGUUUUGAUUGUUUAGGUGUUUUUUAAAAGGCUUUGUUUUUAUGAGAUUAAUUAUUAUGAAAUGUGCACAUAUCUCUCUGUAUGUGUAUUUUUUGUGUGCAUGUGCAUGUGUUUAUGCAUACAUAUAUUCAAUAACUUUAACUUUGCAAUGGGACCAAAUGUAUCAUGGAAAACAGUCAUAUUUCCAGCAGCCCCGAGGUAGCAGAUAAUCUUUACCUUUUUUGUUUUGGUAACAGAAAUUGAUUUCAGGGCCUUUAUACUGAACUACAUCUCUAGCCCUUUUUAUUUUUAUUUUUAAAGUUUAUUUAGUUUGAGAUAGACUUUCACUACUUAGCUAAAUUGCCCAGGCGAAGCUCAAACUUACAAUCUUCCUGCUUCAGCCUCCCAGGAUGCUGGGAUUGCAGCCAUGUGCCAUCACAUCUGGCUAGCGGGUAACCUUUUAUUCCAUGAAAUCACAAUUUCUGAUUAACACAGAAUUUAUUUUCCAUAGAAACAGUUGUCUUUGUAACUAGGACAAUUUAGUUAUCUUACUAGAAUCCUUCAUUGAAAUUCAUUACCCAAGUUGUGGCUGUCCAGUGUUUUGUUUCCUUUUAUUCUUUUAAGUAUUUAUUUCUUUGUAUCAGUCAAGUUUAGUUUGUUCGGGAUUGAAGUUUUGUUUGUUUUGUCUUGUUCAUGCUAGGCAUGUGCUCUCUCUACCACUGAGCAAUUGGCCCAGCUUAAGUUUGUUUCUCAGUGGUGAAGAGGACCAGCUUCAUUCCUGGUACCUAGAGUGGACAGAGAAGGCAGGGACCCUUCUCCUUGCCACUGAAUUAAGGAACCUAGUUGAGAAAGGCAGCAUCCAAAUUCUUCCAUUGAAGUGACAUGGAGAAGUCAUCUUCGAUUCCCCUUUGAUUGAAAUGGGAUUGAAAUAAGAAGUUCAAAAGAAAGAUAAGGAACAGAGAUAUCCAGUGCCAAUAAAAAUACUUUGGAGAUUUCUUAAGCUUUUUUUAAAGAAAUAAUUUAAUCCAUUAUUAAAAUAAUGAUUGCCUUUAUUUAAUGGUCAUAUAUUUGUCCUAUGAAGUUAGGAUUAAGAUUUUUCUACUUCAGAUUUAAAAUACAUAUUAAAUAAGUGACUACCGUGGUGUUAUUCUGAACAAUACUUAAGUUUCCACCUUGAUUGUAUGCCCAUUAUAAUAAAGGAAUAGAUUGUCUUACUGUUCUUUUUAAAAAUGUUACUGAUUAUUGGAUGAUUUUAAUAUCUCUUAGAAACUUUAAAUCCGGUUCAAACUUUAAGAAUCUUUGCCGUAAUAGUUUUUGUUUUGUUUUGUUUUGUUUUUUUCGUACCAGGGAUUGUACUCAGGUCCUUGCGCUUGCAAGGCAGGCGGUGGAACCAUGGAGCUAAAUCCCUAGCCCUGCAUUAAUAGUUUUAUACAUCAUGGCUUUAAUUAGCAGAUAUAUUUCUUCUAGCAAACAAUGCAGAAAAAAUAAUGGACAUUUUGACUAGGCCCCCUGUAACAUUCAAUGCCUAAAGAGGAUAUGAAUUGCCUGGGAAUCUUGUUAAAAUACAGAUUCUGCAUCAGUGGCCUGGGCCUGGCUGAAUGUUUCACAGCUUCUGGGUGACAUUGGUGACAAUAGUCUGUAAACAACACUGAGUCCCAAGGAUGAGCAUCACAUUUUUAGCAUUCUUGAAAUAUAAAUAUAAUGUAUACGUGUUAUAUAAAUAAAUGUAUUUAAAGUGUCAUUCUUGUCAGAGAUUAAUAGAAAUAUGUCUGGUUUUCCUAGAGCUCUUCAGUAUGUGUCUGGCAGAGAUCUAUAAAUGUAUUUUUUCCUUUGUUACUGUUCUCACUUUUUAAAUUCUUAACUAUCCUUAUCUUAAGAGAGUUUCUUUCAGAAACUUCACAGACAUGCAAUGUGUUUCUAUACAUGUGGGAUAAACACACCUAACAACACAAGUUUCCACCCCGUUUUCCAAGGACAGUUUUAAAUUAGUUAAAUUAGUUACUAAUGCAUAGCAGUUAUACAAACUGUGGGUUUCACUGACAUUUCCAUAUGUGCAUAUGCUGUGUUUUGAUCGUAUCCAUCCUCCCUUCUACCCUUUCUUGCUCUCCCCUUCCCCCCCCCUUUUCCCUUUCUAUAUAGU